AUGAAGAGAUACGAAUGGAGAAACUCUGGGAUUUCGAGGUGGGAGGGUGGAAGAGAAGUUAUUUUGGGGUUGGAUGGGAACCACCUCACUGUCUGCAUUAUGCCCUUAAUAUCCUUGUCUGACCCUCUCCCUGACCCUCUUCCGCUUCUUGCUCGUGCCGUCGGCUGCUCCAUCACACACAGCGUCGGCGAAGAUGCUGCACGGGAGACAUUGGAGCUAGUAAUGGCCGACGCCCUUUCAAAGUCAGGUUCCAAUCGAGCUGCAGUUCGAGCUGUUUGUCUUGCAGUGUCUGGUGUUAACCAUCCCACAGAUCAGCAAAGAAUACUGAAUUGGCUUAGAGAUAUAUUUCCCAGCAAUGUAAGACUAUAUGUCCAUAACGACGCUGUGGCAGCUUUAGCUAGUGGAACAAUGGGAAAGCUUCACGGAUGUGUUCUAAUUGCUGGUACAGGGACAAUUGCUUAUGGGUUUACAGAAGAUGGCAGAGAAGCCCGGGCUGCUGGUGCGGGACCUAUUCUAGGUGAUUGGGGAAGUGGAUAUGGUAUAGCUGCACAGGCAUUAACUGCAGUAAUAAGGGCUUAUGAUGGUCGUGGCGCACAUACAAUGCUUACAUCUCAUAUCUUAAGGACACUUCAUCUUUCUUCUCCUGAUGAAUUAAUCGGGUGGACCUAUGCUGAUCCAUCUUGGGCUCGCAUUGCUGCACUUGUUCCGGUUGUGGUAUCUUGUGCAGAGGCAGGCGAUGAAGUUGCGAAUAAGAUUCUGCUAGAUUCGGUACAAGAGUUGGCUUUAAGUGUGAAAGCUGUUGUUAAGAGACUUGGUUUGUGUGGCGAAGAAGGAAAAAAUUCCUUUCCUCUUGUCAUGGUUGGUGGUGUUCUUGAAGCAAACAAAAGCUGGGAUAUAGGAAAAGAAGUCAUAAAAUACAUCUCUAAGGAGUUUCCUGGAGCAGUUUCAAUUAGACCAAAGGUUGAGCCUGCUGUGGGGGCAGCAUUGCUGGCUUGGAAUACAUAUAUGAAUGAAAGAUGACUUCAUGUUGAUUAAGAAGAGUUUAAUUGUACAGUAGCAAGGACAAAUUGGAAGGAAAACAAGCAGUGUGAAAUAAAAGUGAUUGAAGUAUAUUUUUCUCCGUACAUGGUUAGGUAUUUAUAUUAAUUUAGUGUUGGUAGAUUGAUGUUUUUAAAUUUUUUUUUUUUUUUUUUUUUCUCAAUUGCAUACAUAUGUGUUAGCUUCUUGUGUAAGUACUUGCACAUGCAAGUGUAAACCAUGCUCAUCUGAAUAUUAUGAAAGCUUGCGCUAUUUGCUUCA